AAAAAAUAGAAUCUUAUCAGUGAUUCUCCUGAUUCCUAGCAAACAAUGCAUUUAUUUUUAUCAGUUUCCCUUUAAUCAUGCAUUGCAAUAAUUUUUCUACAAGUUUUUCACAGUCAACAAAGUAGUGGCUAGAAUAAUCAACGCAUUAUGCUCACCAAAAAUCUACUCUUUGCUCCCUGCUGGAGAACUGUUCACGGAAGCAGAUAUUACAUCAUUGCUAACCGUGGUUACUCAUCCAACAAAGCUACCUCGACGACGGACGACCCUAAUCAGCAGCAGCAGCAACAGCAAGGUCAGUUUGAGUACAUAACCCUUCAGGAGCCACAAUCGAGCCGGCAUCAGGCGCAACAAUCGACCACCUCCGGCAGCAAUGUGGCACUCCGGCGAAUCGGUCUGCUCGAUUUGGCCAAAAGCAAACUGUACGAAGCGCAAUCGUUUUACAAUGAAUUUAGCGGCAUGAGCGAAGUCAUUACCGCCCAGGCCAAGGUAAUUGAGAUUCAGGACCAACUGCAGUUGGUCCAGGAACGCCGGAGGCACAUUCUGCUGGAACUGACGCUGAUCCGUAAAAAGAUGCAGGAUAUCCAUGUGGAAUUGCAGAAAGCAGUUCGCGGCGAGCAUCGUUAUGUGGAGCUGAUCAGGGAUGAAUUCGAUGUGAUAGCCCGGGAGAAGGAAAAGAAUCAAAUCUUCCAGAUUGUCGAUCAGGAGGAACGGGACUUGUUUUCACACCUGACGGCAGCCGUAAAGACGUCCCACGAGAAGGAACGGACACAGGCAAACAAUGUCAAGUACUGGUCCAUUAUCGGUUCGUGCGCGGGUGCCCUGCUAGGAAUCAUUGCCACUUCCAUCAACUACUACUACCGGAAUACGCAGUUUGAAGCCAUCAAAAAGACCACAAGCGAAGGCGUCAGUCGAUUGAUGCAGGUGGAUGAAAAGUUGAGUGGAUUGGGUGUCUCGCUGGACUACAUCGCAGAGUAUGUAGCACUGAGAAAGCAGGAAGACGAAAGGGAACGAUUCAGGGCGCUGAAGGCAACCGAAGAGCAGAAGCAACGAGCAACGGAAGGUUGGGGUAGCUAUCUGAAGAGGAAUACCGUGCGGGUUUACAGGUUUUUCAUACCAAAUGUUAAUAAAUAAGAGUUUUUCAUGGGA